CCACAGUAUCAGGAAGGAGCAGUUCUCUGCGGGCACAACGACGAGCACGACCGGACAGUGGUGUGAGAAAAGCCGUUCAAAGACGCGGAGGGAGAGGAGUCCGAGGCAAAGAUGAACCUGAUCCUGGUGCUGGUCCUCCUGGGAACAGGACUGACGGUAAACGGCGAGAUUCACUCGCUCACCUACAUCUACACGGCCCUGUCCAAACCCGUGGGGCUCCCCGGCAUCCACGAGUUCACGGCCAUGGGUCUGCUGGACAACAAGAUGAUCGACUACUACGACAGCACGAUCCAGAAGAAGAUUCCUAAAGAGGACUGGAUGAAGGAGAGACUUGAUGCCGAUUACUGGGAGAAAGGCACACAGUCCCGCCAGAGCAAGCAGCAGUGGUUCAAAGUGAACAUCGACAUCCUGAUGGAGAGGAUGAGACAGAACAACUCAGACGUCCACGUGCUGCAGUGGAUGCACGGCUGCGUGGGGGAAAAGCAGCCAAACGGCAGCCUGAAGUUCCUGCGUGGCAUGGACAUGUACAACUACGACGGGAACGACUUCCUGUCCUUCGACGAUUCCAACGAAGUCUGGGUGGCACCGACCGCCGCAGCAGAACCGACCAAGAGGAAGUGGGACAACGUCCAGGUCCUGAAAGAGUACACCAGAGGCUACCUGGAGAAGGAGUGCAUUGAUUGGCUGACCAAGUUCAUGGACUACGGACAGAAGCAGCUUAAAACUGCCGAGCCCCCCAAAGUUACCCUGUUUGCGAAGAACUCCAACAUCAAGUCAAACGUCGUUUUGACCUGCUUCGCCACCGGUUUCCUACCCAAAGAAAUCGAACUGAAGAUCAAGAGGGACGGUCGCAUCCUUACCAGAGAAGACGGGGUGAUAUCUACCGACGCCCUCCCGAACGAAGACGACACUUUCCAGAGGAGGGACAGCAUCGAGAUCUUCAGGGACGACUUGGUGGACUACACCUGUCACGUGUCUCACAAAGCAUCCGGCUUUAUGGUUGAAAGUGCCUGGGAUAAGAUUCUCCCUCCUUGUGAUGACUCUGGUAGUUUGGGGCCGAUUGUUGGAGGGAUGGCCGCACUGCUCCUGAUUGGUGCUGGUAUUGGGGGGCUGGUUGUCUUCCUGCGGAAUAAAAAAGCCAGAUCUCCACCCCCAGGAGCUGAACCAGUCAAGGUUUUCAUCGGUUCUUCAGUUCCAAAACCCAAUGGCUCUGCUACUUCCAGUUCAAACGGCAGCAACUCAAGCAGUGAGAAUAUUCAUCUCACUAAAGAGGGUUCUCAGAACGGCAGUGACUCUGGAGUUUCCACUGGCUCCAACCACGGCGGCACUCCAGAGGCCGACAGUCUGUUGAAGAAUGGAGAGCCCUGAAGCUUCCAGAUGGAACGAUUUCCAUGAGUCGACAAAAUCUCACAACCCUUUAAAGUGAACCCAAAUCUCUUAAUCUGGAUUAAAAGUCAUGAGGAGAAUUUGAAAAUAAAACAGCAUACAGUUUGAGGGAGAGAUCUUCAUGUAAAUGAAAUUAGUGAUAAACUCUGCCUUCAUGUGGACUGCAGCUUUAAAUAAACAAACAGGAAGUAGUUGUGCUGCUUAUCUUAGAAAAGUCUGAUUUAAUCUGAGUUUAGAGAUCCUACAUUUGAAUUAAGAGCAUGCACAGAUUAUUAAAGCAUGCUGAGACACUGCUGAUGUUCUCUGUAGUUAACUAUUCCUCAGUUCUUUAUCUACACAGAUGGAAGUAGAACCUGAUUAAACUCUGAGUUUAUCUGUGAUAAAUGAGGUUUUACUAACCCUGCGGGUAGAGAUUAUCAUUAACAGACCAUAAAACGAGGGGAUGGAGGCGGUUUUAAAGUAGAAACCAAAGUUUGUGACCCUGAUUUUCAGGCAGGUCGAUGAAGAGGACCGGUGCCUGAAUAGAGGAAGAGCAGUCUGGUGUUGCUUCAGGCUGGUUUAGGAUCAGUUUAAAUGAGAGCAGGUUAGGCCGUCCAGUCACCACCAUGGGGAGAGUGGAUCAUACCAGCAAAACCAUCAGCAACAUCAGCGUCACAGCAAAGUUUGAAGUUCCCCUUCUUUCAGAAUAAAUCUUCUAAAUCAGGAACCUGAUACUGAAACGAAUCCUAAAUCUUCUAAAAACAAAAUCAAAGCAGAACCAUCAGAUCAUGUGAAUAGAAUUUUACUUUGGCAGGUAGCGUGGCUUAUUUAGUUUUUAGUGUCGUUUAAAUGUUUGCUGGUAUUUUAUGCUCUCCGUCUGGACAGAAGUGUUUUUUAUUGGCUUAAAGCAGGUUUCCGAUCAUGUCAGUCAGGUGAUAUGACAGCAGAAUUAUUCUCUUCAGCAUCUUCUCGUCUGUCUAAACCAUAGAAAAUGAAACGCUUUUCCCUGAGCUGAGGCUCGACACAGAAAUGCUCCUCCAGGACUUGUUGUGGUUGCUCUGUAAAGUAAAUCAACUUAAAAUAGUAAAAAAAGAGAAGAAUGAUACGUUUCUAAAAGACCCUAGGCAGUCAAGAUAAGUUUAGAUUCUGAUUCAGACUUUUUACAGUGUACCCAGACAGGAGCAUGCCAGAGACAGGAAGUAAUUGUUGAUCGAGAUGCUCGCGGCCACAGUGGCGCCCUCAUGUGGCGCCAACGAUGCACAGGAGACCUCGGACUGUAGAUAAACCAGAGCAAAAUCAGCAUAAAAGAUUAUACAAGACAGUGAAGAGACUCUGAAUCCAAGUUAAUGCAUCAAAAUGUUGGAGAUGAUUUUUUUAAAGCAUGGCAUUUAUUUCUGUUUUUUUAACCCCUUAAAUUACAAAGUAAAGUGAACUUGACAUGAAUGGAAACAGAAAUAGGAGCCUAAACAGGGAUAGAUUUCACCCUGAUCAUCAUGAAUAAAAAACCAACAAAGUUAGUACCAGAACGCUGCAGAUUAUCUUCGAUAACGCUGAAUAAUGUUGGACUAUGACUCGUUCUUUCCUCACACCUGUAGGAAAUCAGCCUCGACUGUACAGAGGAUUUUUAAAGACGUAGUUUCAAAAAACAUACGAGAAUCAUAUCGAAGGUUAAAUUAGA